ACAAUUCAACACUUCAGUGCGUCAAAACCCAAACCCAGCCUCAAAAUUCCACCACCGCCGCCCACCCAUUAACCAAAAUACUAUUACUCUAUGGCUCCAAAUAAUUCCCUACCAUUAACUCUAUUGGUGUCAUUUUUCUUGGUUGGCACCACUUUCGCUGCUACCAAUUUCUACCAGCAAGUUGAUAUCACAUGGGGAAAUGGUCGCGGUAUGAUCCUUAACAAUGGUCAGCUUCUCACCCUCUCCAUGGACAAAACUACGGGCUCAGGCUUCCAAUCCAAGAAUCAAUAUCUCUACGGUAAAUUCGAUAUGCAGCUCAAACUUGUUCCUGGAAACUCUGCUGGCACUGUCACAACCUUCUACUUGAAGUCCGCGGGGUCUACAUGGGAUGAGAUAGAUAUCGAAUUCUUGGGGAAUUUGAGUGGUGAUCCUUAUAUACUCCAUUCAAACAUUUACACACAAGGCAAGGGGGACAGAGAGCAACAGUUCUAUCUAUGGUUCGACCCAACCGCUGAUUUUCACACUUAUUCAGUCCUCUGGAAUCCAGGAAACAUUAUCUUCUAUGUCGACGGCAGGCCAAUCAGGGAAUUCAAGAACUUGGAGGGCUUUGGAAUUCCAUACCCAAAGAGCCAGCCAAUGAGGGUAUACGGUAGCUUAUGGGACGCGGAGGACUGGGCGACCAGAGGUGGCCUGGUGAAGACAGACUGGAGCCAAGCCCCCUUCACAGCUUCAUUCAGGGCAUUUAGUGACAGUAACGCUUGUCUCUAUUCCAAUGGAGCCUCAUCUUGCAGCUCCAAUUCAUCAUCAAAUGCUUGGUACUCACAACAGCUAGAUUCUUCCAACCAAAAGGUCCUGAAAUGGGUCCAACAGAACUACAUGGUCUAUGAUUACUGCAAAGACACUAAGCGUUUCCCUCAGGGCCUCCCCCCUGAAUGUACCGUUAGAAGCACGUAAAUCGAAAUCCAGGGCAUGAUCCACACAAAUAAAACAUGCGUGACUCUAUGCACAAUAAAUUUUUUUUUGGCCGGGUGUUUGUAUAUAUGCUCUUGUAUUAAUUACAAAUAAUAUUUUCAAGAUGUAAUAAAAUUUGCAUUGUGGG